CAAAGGUCAAUGUUUUCUGGUUCAUUUUUUACUUCGAUUCCUGAGAAAAUAGACCAGAAAACAAAAGUAGAAAGAGAGAUAGGGAACUUGAAAUCCUGUUACGACGUGAUUUGAAUUUGCUUUUGCUGUUUUCAGCGUACUGGUAAAAUUGGCAUUGUGGACUUCUGAUAUAGGAUUGUUGUUGGAUGUAACUUCAGGCAUCAUGGGAAUGAGAGUUGGACUUUUAUUUCUUUUGGUCUUGGGAGUUACUUGGAUUUGUGAUGCUAGAACAGUGGUGACCUUAAAGCCAAAUAAAGUCAUCUAUGAUAUCUCAGGCAAUCAGAAGCAUGAAAAUGGAAUUGGAGCCUUGGAAGUUUCCCGGAAUGACAGAGUGUGCACAUUAUGUGAGGAGUUUACUACUGAGGCGAUUGAUUACCUCUCUGAAAACAAAACCCAGACAGAAGUAUUGGACAUACUGCACAAAGCAUGCUCACGAGUGUCUUCGUACGAGGAACAGUGCUUGAUUUUGGUGGACUAUUACGCUUCUCUGUUCUUCCAACAAAUUUCCUCCACACAGCCAGGAGAUUUCUGUGUGGAGGUCAAUCUUUGUAAGCAAAUUGCAGUUAUUUCUUCUAAACUCCAUGAAGAUACAUGUGGAAUAUGUCAACGUGCUGUAUCAGAAAUGUUGAUCAAGUUGAAAGAUCCUGACGCACAGCUGGAGAUUAUUGAGCAGCUUUUGGAGGCAUGCAACUCCAUGAACAGCUUCGCGAAGAAGUGUAAGAAGAUGGUCUUCGAGUAUGGGCCCAUUAUCCUUGCCAAUGCAGAACAAUUUCUUGAAACUACAGACGUAUGCACCAUCUUGCAUGCCUGCAAAUCAUACACUGAAACUGGGGAACAAUCAUUACAGACGGUAACUGUACCAUCAUUGGCCAAUUCAUAAUCAUGGCAGGAAAGUAAAAAAACUGGGGAAUGGAUCCUGCUCCUUGCCUCCUAUUGUCCUGUAUUCUUCAAUGUCUGAUGCUCAUGUAUGAUAGAAUCAUUAAUCAAAACAUAAAAAGUGAUUUGUGUUCCACACAUGUUAAGAAUAAUGUGAUUGUGCUAUAUUGUUGUAUAAUAUGUUGUAAAAUUUCAGUAUUAUUUCGAAUGCUAUGAUUCCGGUAGUUUCAAGUCAUGUUU